UUACUCGUUGUGUUUGGGUCAUGUACCGGUACCAGAUCUUUGUCCCUUGGACACAAAAAGAUGAGUGACCAGUUGACCUUUGUUGCUUCACCUUGCACCGAUAACAUACAUUACCAGGUACACUGUACCAUGACAAGCAUACCAUAUUAGGGCGUAUGAUUCUUAUAUCGAGUCGAGUCUGGCUAGACACUAGUAGCAUUAUUAUUAUUAGGAGCAAGCAAGCAGAAAGGACUACCGGUACAGUACCCUGUCUCAGAAUUGGAUCCAACGAAAAGCCUCUUUUCCGGGGUAAAACAUGCUCCAAAGAUUGGGUCAUCUUGGUGGCACAUGUGCCAGUUGCUCUGUUACUUCUUCUUUCCAACUUCCAACAAAUUGUAAGAUUGUUGAUUCGACUCGAUUCGAGCUUGUAGAUAGAUUGCCUUCGAAGGUGAGCUUGUAAUAAUAGCACACCAUCUUCUGAAGGAAAGCAGCACAUUCAGCAGUAUCAUCAUCCAUCAUCAUGCCAACCCCUAGCGAACGCCGCAAGCACUGGGCGAGUGUGAAGUCUCCUGCGAGCAGUGUGACGGCCGCUCUGGGUGACAAUGUGAAAUUGGCCAAGCAUUCGAAGUGGCACCAGGGCAUUCCGGUGAUGAAGGUGGACAAGGCUGGCAAGAUGGCCAAGCGCUAUCUGACCAUUGGCAAGGACAAGAUGGCGAUUUACUGUACUCACCAAUCUAUCGAAAAGUUCAUGGCCAAGUCGGAAUCUUCCUUUACUCUGGCUCUUCCCAAGGUAUCCAUGUUGUCGUUGCGAGGUACAAAAGGCAGCGACGCUGGACAACGACACAUUGAUGUCGCCGAUCUCGUGGAUGUGGUGGUGGGUCUGGUAGGAACACUCAAACUGGAAAAGGCCCGCAAUGAGAAUCGACUCAAGGGACUCUUUUCGGAAAUUGAUACCCAGCGAGAACAAAUCGUAACCAUUAUCCACCAUGGAAAUGAUACACUCAACGUCCUGAUCGAUGACGCCCAAGAGCGCAAAAACCUUGUAGACUGUUUGAGGAAAAUGAAGGCAGAAUACGAUAAGGCUCGUCUGUUGGUGGAUAACGAAGCCUUGCUGUUGAGGUACACCUGGUACGAUGUAGACUUGAACAAGGAUAAUCAGAUUGGCGAAAAGGAAUUCAUCAAUAUCCUUCAACGUGUCAACAUCAACCUAAAGGGUCCUGGAAAAAUCUUCAGGCAGUUCCUCAAGGAUCAGCACAUCAAUUCCAAGGCCCUCAAAUACCACGAGUGUAUGUUACUCCUCCAGAAAAUCAAGGCCGAACACUCGUCUGGAGAUGUUUCAGCCAGUGAGGCCAUUGCCGAUGACAUUUGGAACAAACACUUUGGAAGCGACAAAAAAUUCAUUACCGCCCAAGACUUCCUUAGCAAGUUCUUGAUGACCAAGCAAGACGAAAAAGGAGCGACCCUCAACGACGUGGUGAAAAUGUUCGCAACGAUCAACGAAGUCGAAGUCAACAGGGAAGAAGAUGAUUACCCAGAUGACUGCAUGAGUCGAUUUCGAUUUGAGCUCUUUUUGAGGUCGGAAUUGAACCAGGCGUAUAAUCCAAAGGCACAGGAAAAGCACAAGGGAAGACUCGACAAGCCUCUGUCGCACUACUGGAUCAACACCGGCCACAACACCUACCUUACCGGUGAUCAGCUGGCAUCGUCCUCCUCGGUCGAAAUGUACAUGAGGUCUUUGAGGCGAGGAUGCAGAUGCCUCGAGUUGGAUUGCUGGGAUGGUGACGCACCCGACGACACCAACGGAGAGGUCAUCCCCGUUGUCUUUCACGGACACACGGUAACAUCCAAGAUUGCCUUUGUGGAGAUCCUUCACGGCGUCAAGACGUUUCUUGAUGACCACCCUGAUACAUAUCCCAUCAUCUUAUCGUUGGAGAACCACUGCUCUCAUCCUUUUCAAGCAGCAAUGGCGAAGAACAUGAGUGACAUUUUUGGAAAGAAAUUGUACGUUCCGCCUCCCGGAAAGGCCACCAUGGAUGAUUUGCCUUCGCCCGAGACCUUGAGAGGAAUGAUUGUCAUCAAGGGCAAACGGCCUCCCGAGCAGGACGACACAGCAGCAGAGCAUGAAUCGGAUUUCGAUCCGUACGCCGAGGGCGCUGCGGAUCCUGGUGGCGUGGACACGAAAGGUGCGGGCGACAAAAAGGCCCCUCCACCCAAAGUUGUUCCCGAGCUUGCAAAGCUCACUCUCUUUCAUGGAACCGGAUUCAAGUCGUUUGAGAAAUCUAUUGACUUGCCGCCCAGUCACAUGCACAGCAUUGGAGAGAGCAAGAUUCCUAAACUAAUCAACAAGGAAUACAGCAAGGCACUCCAAUGGCGCACGUACAACCAGAGACACAUGACCAGGACCUAUCCAGCUGGACUUCGUGUCGAUUCUUCGAAUUACAACCCCAUGCUGGCGUGGUCUGUAGGAUCUCAGUUGGUGGCCUUGAACUUUCAGACAACGGACACUCCUUUGAUUCUGAAUGAUGGUAGAUUCCGUCAAGCAGGUGGCUGUGGAUAUUUGCCGAAGCCACAGAGUGUAAUGGGAGCAUGUCCUGGCAGCCUUCCCUCCCCGAUUCACUUGACUCUGCGUGUGAUUAGCGGCAGUUGUCUUCCCAAACCAGGCGGCUCUACGACCGGUGAAAUCAUUGAUCCCUACGUGCAGGUUUCUCUCCACGACAUUAAGGAGGGAAACAAUGGUGGCGACUACGAACCGUCCGUGGAUACGCAAAGUACCGACUUUGUGAAUAAUAACGGGUUCUCUCCGGUCUUUCAAAGGACGUUCCAAUUUUAUAUUUCCAACCCCGACUGUGCCAUGAUCUGCUUUGAUGUGUUUGAGAAGGAUGUUGACUUUGAUGAUAAAGUGGCUCAUACUGCGAUUCCCUUUUCCUGUUUGCGCAAGGGUUAUCGAUCUAUCCUGCUGUAUGACAAUCACAAUACACGCAGUGGAGCGUUUGGUUUCGCCACUCUGCUGGUUGAGGUCAUUUACUAGCAGGGGGGCCGGGAGGCUCGAAUCAAGUCGAUUGUUGAACCAAGGAGGACUCUAACGUGAAACUAUUUAUUUGUAAGCAAAGAACCUUGUCGCUGAAACUUCUAGUAGCCCAUGCAUUGUCAGUUGUGCGAACAGCGAUCAUGAGGCGUCGACCGGUACAAUAGCCUCGCUGUUCGUACAUUCCGUCUAUAUAGAGCAGCAAAUAACCUUGCAGUUGGUUGGACCCACGGAAGAACCCGGACUUCUGCUGGUUAGCCAGAGAUGUGCCAAUGCAUCGUUUGAUUGCAAACCAAUUCGUCAACAAUAAAACUUGAGUGCUACUGACCCUUCUGUGUUAGCAGUACCGGAAUACUACUUUGGGAGUUCUUUCGUAGACUCACCCAGUUCUGCAUCGAAUCGUCAUGUCUUUUGAAUACACGAAGCAAACAACUCUUUCAUUUCGUUCGAACCAUCCUCCUCUGCGCACUUUCGUGGAGUGUCUCCAUCCACAUCUGCUUUUUCGGCGUUUGCGCCAUGAUCCAGGAGCAACUUGCAAGCUUCUAUGUUCUCUGCAAUCACAGCGGCAUGCAAAACAGUGAUUCCGUCUCCGUCAGCAGCGUUUACAUCUGCCCCAGCAUCCAUCAACGCUUUCAAAGCUUCCGAAGCCCCCUUAUCUGCCGCCAGAUGCAGAGCCGACUGUCCGUCUUCGUCUCUGUGGUUGACCAAUUCUGGGUAUUGUUUCAGCAAAGAUUGUAACUCCUUGGCAUCAUUCUGACUAGCUGCUCUCAGUACCGUUUGUGCCAAGGUUAGCUCUUGCCCAUUGUAGCCAUCCCCACUAUCCUCUGCGUUGGUUGCUAGGGAGCUCGGUUUGUUGCCCAGGCCGCCUCCAUCAAUGGGGAAAUCAUCAAGAAGAUCUAUACCUUCAAUAUCAUUCAAAUCACCGUCAACACCUCCUCCAUGGUCCAUACUGCCGUUGGUUUGCAGUUGCUGUACAGCCUCGAUGUAAUGCAGCAUGGCGACGUUCUUGUUCAUGCCCCUGGCGCGACACCAGGCGCUAUGCUUUGCUUUUUCCACGAUAUUGAAUGCACAUCCUGGCGACUUGUCAGGGGCAUUUCCUUCUUUGCUUUGCUUAUAAAGACUGUA